AUGAUUAAUAGCUAAAGGUCGUUAAGCUGGAACUUAUUUGGGAUAUUUUUGUAAGAUUCUCCUCUUUAUAUAUCGGUACGAAUGAAUUCUUCACUUAGAAUUUAACCGCUUGGUUUGCUUUAGAUUUGAUGUAUGAUCGAGUUACAUGUUAAAUAAAAAAUCAAACUCAAAUGUUUGGAACAUACACCUUGCAACAAGACUAUUCUAAUUUCUAGCUAGUGUAAGGUGUAAUUAAUUCUAUAAAUAGCUGGAUUACCUUUAUCGUACUAAUAUAUCAUCUCCUAUUGCUUUUUUUGAGCCGAGGGUCUCCUGGAAACAGCCUCUCUAUCCUUCGGGGUAGGGGUAAAGUCUGCGUACAUAUUACUCUCCCCAGACCCCACUUGUAGGAUUAUACUGGGUCGUUGUUGUUGCUGUUGUUGCUAUUGUUGUAAAUAGCUGGAUCACUUAGCUUGCACCACUAAACCGCAAAAAUCUUCUAGCUUUGUCACAAGAAUUGGUAUAUUAUGGGGGAAGAAACAAAUGGUGUAGCAAGAAUCCAUGAAGGAGACAAAGCUGAGUCUCAAGCUCAAGAAGAUAUAUGGAAGUACAUAUUUGGUUUCACUGAAAUGGCUGCAGUAAAAUGUGCUAUUGAGUUGGGAAUACCUGAUUUCUUAGAAAACCAUCAAGAACCCAUCACCUUAAAUCAACUGUCCUCUGUACUUGGCUGCUCUUGUUCUAAUUUUCUCUACCGCAUUCUGAGGUUCUUGAUUAAUAGGGGAAUAUUCAAAGAGGAAUCCACAGGACAUGGCGAAAUUGGUUAUGUCCAAACACCUCUUUCUCGUUUGCUGAGGAAAGAUGGAGAAAAUAGCAUGGCUGCUCUUGUCCUACUUGAAGCUAGUCCAGUGAUGCUCGCGCCAUGGCAUUUUCUGAGUGCUCGCGCUCUGGCAAAAGGGAAUACUGCAUCAUUUAGCGCAGUUCAUGGAAAGGAUGUGUGGGAGUACGCAGAAACCAAUCCAGAGCACAGCAAGCUAAUCAACGACGCCUUGGCGUGCCAUGCACGGGUGACAAUCCUUGCCAUCGUUGAUAAUUGUCCAGAAAUAUUCAAAGGGAUAGAGACUUUAGUUGAUGUUGGUGGAGGUGAUGGAACAACUAUUAGUCUGUUGGUGAAAACAUUUCCUUGGAUUAGAGGGAUUAAUUUUGAUCUUCCUCAUGUUGUUUCUGUUGCUCCUCAUUGUCAUGGUGUUCAACAUGUUGAAGGCAAUAUGUUUGAUUCUAUUCCCAAAGCAGAUGCUGCUUUCCUCAUGUCAAUCUUACAUGAUUGGAGUGACGACGAAUGUAUUCAAAUCUUGAAAAAUUGCAUAAAGAUUAUCCCAAAAGACACAGGAAAAGUGAUAAUGGUGGAAGUAGUGCUUGAGAAAGAAAAAGGAGAAGGAAAUGAAAAGCUCAAAGAUGUUGGUUUUAUGCUGGAUAUGGUAAUGAUGGCUCACACAACAAAUGGAAAAGAAAGAACUGCCAAAGAAUGGGCUCAAAUUUUGACUGCAGCUGGAUUCAAUAGUCAUUCUAUUAAGCACAUCAACGCUAUUGAAUCUGUUAUUUUGGCUUAUCCUUGAGCUGUAUCAGUUCUAUUACAAUUUCUGUUUCAAUGUGUUUUCAGUUCUUAAGCUUGUAGUUUGGUUUAACUUUUUAAUAUUUGGUUUGUGUUUUUCUAUUUAAGUUUAUCAUAUAUGUAAAA